AAAAUACAAGGGCCUGUGGAUUGCCGCGCUAAAGAACUACAUUUCCCCUGAACUCAGUGCCACUACAGUAGCGCAGGUCUUGUCGCGCAUGCGCACCAGGGGUAAUUGGAUAUCAAGUGGGCCAAAACAGCGUGUGAUAAAAUGCACAAGUUGAAGUCAUCGCAGAAGGACAAGGUUCGGCAGUUCAUGUCCUUCACACAGGCGGGGGAGAGGACAGCCGUGUACUGCCUGACGCAGAAUGACUGGAAACUAGAAGUCGCCACAGAUAACUACUUUCAGAAUCCAGACCUCUACCACAAAGAAUCCAUGAAAACCACAGUGGACCGCAAGAAGCUGGAACAGCUCUACAACAGAUACAAAGACCCCCAGGAUGAGAAUAAAAUAGGCAUUGAUGGGAUCCAGCAGUUCUGUGAUGACCUGACCCUGGACCCAGCUAGCAUUAGCAUACUAGUGGUGGCAUGGAAGUUCAGAGCAGCUACGCAGUGUGAGUUCAGCAGGAAAGAGUUCCUGGAUGGCAUGGCUGAAUUGGGGUGUGACAGUCCUGAAAAACUCAAGGCAAUCCUUCCCAGACUAGAGCAGGAUCUGAAAGACACAGGGAAGUUCAAAGACUUCUACCAGUUUACUUUCAAUUUUGCCAAGAACCCUGGCCAAAAAGGUUUAGACCUAGAGAUGGCUGUUGCAUACUGGAAUCUAGUUCUCACAGGUCGCUUCAAGUUUUUGGACCUGUGGAACCGCUUCCUCUUGCUCCCACUCUUUUCCUGUGCUGCAUUCAGGAGCAUCACAAGCGUUCAAUUCCCAAGGAUACAUGGAACCUCCUUCUGGACUUUGGCAAUAUGAUUGCAGAUGACAUGUCAAACUAUGAUGAGGAAGGAGCAUGGCCUGUCCUCAUAGAUGACUUUGUGGAGUUUGCUCGGCCGAUUGUGACGGGCAGUCAGCACAACAUGACAUAAUGGUCGUCCUAGCGUCAUGCAAUGGAUGGAGUUUGUUUUCCUCCUAAUUUUCCUUUUUUUGAAUGAGGAUUUUAUACAAAUGAGCCAAAAAGAGACUGCCUCUCAAUAAGCCUGUCUGCAGCUUGUCGCUAAGAUUGUUCUUCCAACUGCGUAAAGAUGCCUUUGCUGAGGGGGUGACCUGGAACACCAGACCAGAAAAGAAAGCAAGAGGGGAAUCAACAGGAGAGAGAGAUGAUAUUUUCUUAUGUGGUCUGCUGCCCGGGACUGACUUUGUAAUUGCAGUAUGGAAGUCAUGAGUACCCUAAAACUCUUCGCUCAUGAGCAAGUCACCAAUGGUCGUGGCUUCAAGCUGUUGCUGCUGUGGACUUGGCUCACUAGCAUGCACUCUUGGCACAAUAAGGAGGAGCAGCAGUGGCGAACCUCCAGCGCACGCAGAGGAUUAAGUUAUAGAUGUAGUAAGAUGUGGGCUCUGGCAUUGUCAAAUAAGAAUGGGACAGUUUGUUCAAAUCUACAUGUUUGUGUCAGCCAGUGUGAAGCAGUGCCAUGGAAAAAGAGGACAAAAGUGUUCUACAUUGUUUUCUCUGAGAUUUGGGAAUGUGCAGCUCUCUAACAAUCACACGGAGAGCAGAGAGGAUGUGUGCUUGCUCAUCAUUAUGUGUGUUUGAGCGUGUGUGGGGUUUCUUUUGCAGGGGGUGGGGUGUUUAAACAUAUUGCCUCUUUUACAGUACGAUGCUUAAUAUUUUCAUUUGGUUUUAUUAUCAUUAGAAGUUAAGAGAUUAUGAUUUACCUUAACCGAGCAACAGUGACAAAAGUUCAGAAACACAUUUUGUAUUCACACUGAGAACCGGACAGAGCAGCAUGCUUUUUGAGCUCAGCACCAGCAAGAUCUUUACUGUUACAGUUCUAGAGUACUGUUCCAUAGGACCAUAGGAAUAGGUUACAUUUUAGAAGAAUGGAAAAUAGAUAUAUAUAUCUGAGAAAACAGCUAAUAAUCAUGAGUAGUACAUAAGAAGCAUUUAGGAUUCAUUUUUGAGAUGCUACUGCAUUACACAUUUAUUUGUCUGCACACAAAGAGAGACUGACAUUGACUGUUUUUUACUAUCCAGGUGACAGCGACUUGCCAACUCUACAAACUGCACUGAUUUACCACUUUUUUUUCCUGUUGUAGGUUUUUCUUUAGCAGGUAGCACCUUGUACAGCUAAAGAGCUCCUCCUGUUACAUGACAGCAGGUCCACUAGCACGUUAAGCUUUUUGACAUGAACAUCUAUAUCUCAGACAGGAGUAUCCGAACUGUUUGUUUACACUGUUUUAGGUCUUGCUUUUUCACGGAUUAGCAAUUGCAGGGCGAUUGUGGCAUGUCAAAGAGCUAUAAUGCAUAGAACUACUUUUACGAACACGGCUUGUGCUGCCAUCUAGGGGGGGAUGUGUAGUAUAGCAUUUCUAAAUACUGAAAUCCAACACUUUAGGAUGUGGUCACGAAUAUAUGAGAACUGACCAAACCUAGUUGUGAUAUGGUCAAAAGACUUAAGCCUUUUAAACAAUAGCAGGCAGUGCACCAAUUAUUACCCUCCAUACAAGAUUUACCAGUGUUACUCUUAAACAGCUCUGUGUUUGCUAAACUCAUCCCUUUUCUGUGACACGAGGUAGAGCUCAGGUACCAGUCGCAGUGAUCAGCGGGCGGCUUCCUGUACUUAUACGAGAAUUUACUGCAUUUUCUGUUAAUAAACAGCAACCACCUUUGCUGUCUCGUCCUGCCACUCCUUGUCACCGUGAUAAACCCUUUGUGUUGAAAUAAGGUUAGAUUAUUUCCCCUGGCAUCAAAUUUCUUUGUCCUGUCAUCAUCUAACUACAGGUGAAGUAAUUACCUUUUGUUUUCUGCAAGUUGAAAGAUCAUUGUUUAAGUGCUCGUAUUUAUAUAAAGUCAGUCAGAAACCAUGGUGCAAUGCAUGAAGUUGAGGCAGAUCAGGAGGGGGAUUUAUUAUGAUUUUAGUCUCUGAUUGAAUGAAGAUGUGUAUCAAAGAAAGCAGCUUCAUCGGGACUGUUAAACAGUCACUGUGGGAGCUUGUAAGUGUGUCAUCUUGUUCAUCUUUGUACCUGAGCAAGUUAAAUGUGUGUUGAACUUUCCCAUAAAAACGUUGACUGUGUUGCAACAGCGAAGAGGCGUGACAGCUUCUCCCUGUUGCUGUUCAGGAGCAAAUGUGACAUCUUUCAUGAUCCCGUCUGAUAAUAUUGAACAUGUGGUACAUUUUUAUUUGUCAAAGUGUGAUCAGUUGUUUCUUGCCAGGCAGAUCGUUUUUAUCAAAACAGUAUUAUUUUUUUUGAAGGUGAGACAACAGGCUUUUACAGAAUAUAUUGUUUUGUCACUGAAGCAUACCACACGUUGUUUUCUUUAAGAUAGUUGUCAAUAAAGCAUGUUGUUUUUAA